GGCAUGGUCUUUUAGUGAGUCCUGACUUUAUUUUAUAUCCAUCAGUCUUCCAGACAACUCUCUCAUCUGCUGAAAAUGGCGAAAAUCGCUCUAGGAACAAGCCGAGAGGCCACGCAGCCCGACUGCAUCAAGGCCCUCGUUGUUGAGUUCAUCACCACCUUCCUCUUUGUCUUUGCUGGAGUUGGAUCUGCCAUGGCUGCUGAUAAGCUAGCGGGGGGUGCGCUGUUGGGGUUGUUUGCUGUGGCGGUGGCGCACGCGCUUGUGGUGGCCGUGAUGAUAUCUGCCGGACGCAUAUCCGGUGGCCAUCUUAACCCCGCCGUCACCCUUGGCUUACUUGUUGGCGGUCACAUCACUGUUUUCCGAUCUGUUCUCUACUGGAUCGAUCAGUUGUUGGCUUCUUCAGUUGCCUGUAUCCUUCUCAAAUAUCUCACCGGAGGACUGGGUACUCCGGUUCACACUCUGGCGGCCGGAGUUGGAUACCUCCAGGGAGUGGUGUGGGAGAUCGUCUUGACCUUCUCCCUGUUGUUCACCGUCUACGCGACCAUUGUGGACCCAAAGAAAGGGUCCAUCGAUGGGCUGGGCCCGUUGCUGACUGGGUUCGUGGUUGGGGCCAACAUCUUGGCUGGCGGAGCCUUCUCGGGGGCCUCGAUGAACCCGGCUAGAUCUUUUGGGCCUGCUUUGGUGAGUGGGGACUGGACUGAUCAUUGGGUUUACUGGGUCGGCCCACUCAUCGGUGGUGCUCUCGCUGGUUUUAUCUAUGAAAAUUUCUUCAUUGUCCGAUCUCAUCAUCCCAUCCCAACCGAGGAAGAAAGCUACUAAUUUUUCUUUAUUACAUCCCUCUUCAUAAAUCAUAAUGUAUCUAGUUUGCCGUGUGCUUCAUCUUAUGUAUCUUAAGUUUUUCUUUAGCACUUAUGCUUUUAAUUUGUGAUUUAUAUUCCAUAAAGACCUAAGAUUGUG